GUUUCUUUCUCCAAGAACGAGAUGACGAGUGCAAUAACGUUUGCCGAAGUACUCCACCUUAUGAAGGUUUCCUGCAAUAAAACUGUAUUAUUAGUUCAAUACUCUGCUUUGCCUCUGCAUAUAUAUAUAUAUAGCCAUGAUACUGCAUUAACUCCAGAUCGUCAAACUUAAUUAAGUCUUUUUAUCCAUUUCUAAUUCUCCAAAGUUUGAUUUUGGAUCCAAGAGAAGAGCCCCAAAAUGGGUCAACUCCACGUCUUCUUCUUCCCCAUAAUGUCUCACGGCCACAUGAUCCCAACUCUUGACAUCGCUAAACUCUUCGCUGCCCGCGGCGUUAAAUCCACCAUAAUCACCACUCCCAUGAACGUCCAUUUCUUCAAGAAAUUAGUAGAAACAGUCAAUCAGCUGGGCUUCGAAAUGGGAAUCUGUACCCUCAAAUUCCCGGCCGCUGGCUUGCCGGAAGGAUGCGAAAAUGCCGAUCAACUCACUUCCGAGGACAUGUUCCCCAGGUUCUUCAAAGCCCUGUUUAUGCUCCAAUACCCGCUCGAGAGGAUCCUCGACGAGGUCCGACCCGACUGCCUCGUCGCCGACUCAUUCUUCCCGUGGGAUACCGAAGUCGCCGCGAAAUUCAACAUUCCGAGGUUGGUUUUCUACGGGACUAGCUUUUUCGCUCUCUGUGCUAUGGAGAAUAUGAGGUUAUACAAGCCUCAGAGAGAAGUUUCGUCCGAUGAUGAACCCUUUUUGGUGCCUGACCUUCCUCAUCAAAUUAGGCUCACGAAGAUGCAACUGUCGGAGGACGAACGGAACGGGUCCGAAUCAGAUUUCCAAAGAAUGCAUAUAAAAAUUAAAGAAUCGGAGCUAUCAAGCUAUGGAGUUAUAGCCAAUAGCUUUUACGAGCUUGAAACAGAGUACGCUGAUUAUUACAGGAAUGUCUUGAAAAGAAGGGUUUGGCAUAGUGGACCCGUUUCGUUAUGCAAUCGAGAAGUCGAAGACAAAGCACACAGGGGUAAAGAAGCAGCGAUUGACAAGCACGAGUGCUUAAAAUGGCUGGAUUCAAAGGAACCCAAUUCAGUGUUUUAUAUUUGUUUCGGAAGCAUGGUGAAAUUCGACGAUUCUCAGUUGUACGAGAUCGCAAUGGGUCAGGAAUCUUUCGGACAGCAAUUCCUAUGGGUUGUUAGGAGAGGGAAAAGCGAAGAGGAAAACGAGAAGUGGCUACCAGAGGGGUUUGAAGAGAGGAUGAAAGACAAGGGUUUAAUUAUCAGAGGGUGGGCACCCCAAGUGUUGAUUCUCGAUCACGAAGUGGUGGGUGGUUUUGUGACUCACUGCGGGUGGAAUUUGACAUUGGAAGGGGUCAGCGCCGGAGUACCGAUGGUGACGUGGCCGGUGUUUGCUGAACAAUUUUACAAUGAGAAGUUGAUGACAGAGAUUUUGAGGAUUGGGGUUAGUGUUGGGAAUAAAAAGUGGAGCAUGAAGGUGAAUAAUGGGGUAACGAGAGAGGAGAUUGGGAAGGCGGUGCGACAGGUUAUGGUGGGGGAAGAGGCAGAGGAGAUGAGGAAUAAGGCGCGAGGGUUUAAGGAGAUGGCAAAGAAGGUGGUUGAGGAAGGUGGAUCAUCGUACGCUGAUUUGAAUGGUUUGAUACGUGAAUUGAGUUCUUAUCGAGCUUAAUAUGCCGAAGUCAUAUUGAGAUAAUGGUGGAUGAAGAUUUGAUUUGAGUUGAGUUGAUCGCUUUUGUGUUUUUGUCCUUCAAUUUUACCUGUAUGCUAUUUUAUGUAAAUUUGUUUCAAUACCAUAAAUAUGAAGAGAGAUUGGUC